AUGUCCCAGAGGCAUUCAGCGGAAGCUGUUGAAAAACCGCUUCAGCUAGCGCUAGAUUUAGAGGUUUGCCGCUUCAUCUGGAGAGAGCGGAAGCGGCAUUGGCCUGACUGCUACACUGCAUUGCAGCGCAGUGGCAAGAAAAACCUCUGCGCUCACUGCUGCACUGCACUAUCUGCAGCGGAGCGGUUACAACGUUUGCAUCCGCAUCCGCACCCGCUGGCGGGUAUCCACGGAUACCUGCCCUUUAAAUGGGCGGAGAUCUAUCCUAAUCCUCAUAGCUAUAGUUGUCAGCCCCUCAGCUUGAACUGGAAAAAAUUCUUGGGAAGGGUCCUUGGUAAAGCUUUGUACAAAGGCAUCCUUAUCAACAUCAAUUUUGCUGAUUUCUUCCUUAAUAAAUGCCUAGGCAAGCAGUCAUAUCUUGAUGAUCUAGCAUCAUUGGAUCCCGAGUUCUACCAAGGCUUGAUAUUUCUGAAAUAUCACAAGGGAGGCAUAGAAGCAGACCUAUUGUUAAACUUCACAGUGACAAACAAUGAAUUUGACGUGUUGGAAACAAUUGAGCUGAUCCCAGAAGGUUUGAAGACAUCAGUGACGGCACAGAACCGGAUCAACUACAUCUAUCUGAUGUUGAACUACAAGUUGAAAAUCCAGCUUGAGAGCCAGUUGGACCAUUUAUGGGAGCUGGGACAAGUCACAUCCGAUGAUCAGAAUUCAUUAAGAGCAACCGCAUCGGUAUGGGUGGGAAAAAUGGAGGUGCAAACUCUGCCCUUCUAUACUAUCAGAAACAAGACCCCCAAGCUUAGCUUGGAAAGUUUUGAUAACGUGAUAGGAUUGGUCGGUUCCGGUAAAACUUUGUUUGAUGAAAGUUAA